UAGGUGUAACGUUUGAGAGAGAAACAUUAAGAUUUUGGCUUUUAGGGAUUCCCUCCUUCCACCCCGACCGUUGUACUGUUUCGUAUUCUAGAGUAACUCCAAACUUGAAUUCAAACCCACUCUGCCAUGCCCGCCGCUCUCAGAAAGCGAACCCUAACGGCGGAGUCCGACGCCAUGGCCAACGACGCCACACCUCAGCAGCCCAAGAUCUCCGACUACGAGCUCACCCGAGAGAAGAGAAUCCGCGAAAACCGUGAGAGAAUGGGAAAGUUGGGCAUAUUCGACCUUUCCCUCAGCCUCAAGCUCCACAACAACAACAAACCCCACCGAACUACUUCUAGAUCAUACUCCUCAAUCAAACCCAAAACCCCUCCUACUCUCAAACCUUCCGCCCCCACUCGCCGCUCUUCCAGGUUGCAGAAUGUGACCCCUGUUAGUUACGCUGAAGUUCCUGCCAAGAAAUCCGAGUUUGCGGAACGUGGUAGGGUGGUGAUAGAACAAGGUGCCAAGCCUGAGGUGUACACUGAUGAGCACCUGAAGUUAUUGGGGAACACCCAGAAACCCUGGACGCUUUUUGUUGAUGGUUGUGGUAAAGAUGGAAAGCGAAUCUAUGAUUCUGUCCGUGGCAAAACUUGCCAUCAGUGCAGGCAAAAAACACUUGGUUAUCGUACAUGUUGUAGCCAGUGUAACAUGGUCCAGGGGCAGUUUUGUGGAGAUUGCUUGUAUAUGAGGUGGUCUCUACCUCUUGCCUCUACCGCCGUAAGGGUGUUAAUCCACAAAUUGCAGAACUUCUUUGACGGAGAUGGCAACCUUUUAACACAGUCAAAGCAACUCAGAACGGACUCUUCGUGCUGGAGCUAUGGUAUAUCUGCUAAUCUUUCAAGAUAUGGGGAGCAUGUACUUGAAGCCCUACAGAAUCCAACUUGGCUAUGCCCUGUUUGUCGUGGAAUUUGCAACUGUAGCUUAUGCCGUCAAGCAAAAGGAUGGGCCCCAACUGGCCCUUUAUAUAAAAAGAUAUCGUCAUUGGGUUACAAAUCAGUUGCACACUUCCUUGUUCAAACCCGGCGCGCAGAAAUAGAUGUGGAGAAAAAUGCAGAUGCUUCAAAUCCAGUUUCAGUACAAAGGUCGCUACCCUUCUCUGAUGAGGACAAGUCCCUUGAGGUCACUGAUAAUCAUCUGGGAUCAUUGAACUCUCUAGCUGAAACUGAAGGUGAUGGUGCCGAGGUUUCAACAAAGAGAUUGCUUUUCUCUAAUGAGCAAGAACAGCUAGAAAAGAUUGAGUGUUUAGAUACUCCGAAAUCUCCCCAGCUUGAAAAAAAGGAAUGUUCAGAUACCAUGAAGCCACUCGCUUCUUCCUCCAAACCCAGCUCGGACAGCAUUGCUGGAAGACUUAGGUCCAGAUCCAAAAAGCCAUGAAGGAUUUUUUUUUCUUUUUCUUAGUGUAACCCGGGAUAUAUGUGCUUAAUUUCCAAGAAAAAGCAUUACUAUUUAAAUGGAUGGAGUUGGUAAGUUUUUGCAUGAAAACCUUUUUUUUGGCAUGAAAACCUUUAAUAUGUGCUUUCUUUUGUCAUAGUACAGCACAGAUACGUUAUUAUAAUUUGAAUACCUCUUAUGCCAAGUGGCCAUAAUUUGUGAUUGGGUACA